AUGAGGACAGUCGAGGACGAUGCAGACGACCUGGUGAUAUCGGACCUGUCACCGCAAUUCAGAAGACUGGCAGCUCAGGCAAAAGUAGGCGUGAGCCUCGCCGAGCCAGCCUUACCAGAAGACGUCGCCGAUGAGCCAGAGCUAGAGGUGCUUUCAUCAGAGGCGGCGACCCCUCCACCGCAGCCUCGCAAGCGCGGCCGGCCAAAGGGCUUUCGACCGAAUUUGACAGGCAAGAAAGCCUCACAGGAGGCCGGCGAGGCAGGACCAAGAAAACUGCGGCCGGAUAGGCCCAAGACAGGCGCCCUGUACGCGGGAAAGCGGCGAGGUCGACCGCCAAAAGCAGCUUCACCCAAGCCGCGAGAAAUCUACAAGAGUCUUAAUUCACACUUCAAUACGUACAUCUGCGAGUGGGAAGGUUGCAAGGCCGAGCUUCACAAUUUUGCAACUCUGCAAAAGCAUGUGUCGAUUGUUCAUACCAAAACGGUAGGGGACGGGCCGCAAGUGUCGUUCAAGCGAUACGAUCCCGAUGAUGGGACCAAGCUUCCUGACUACCUUUUUGACAAGGCCGGCAACCAAAUCACACCGUCAAUCAAGGAUCAGAAGGAGGAGGACCUGUACACGUGGCGCAACAACAGGCGGAAACUCAAGGAUCUUUUGCUUCUCAGAGACCAGAACCUGCCAAGCGAGGAGGAAGACGACGACGCAAUGGAGGAGGUGGCCGAAGGAGCAUGA